AACUUGAUCGGAAUAAAGUUAUUUUUUUUAUCAAUCCGGAAGUAUGUUUUAAAAUUUUGUGAAUCAGUGAAAAAUUUUGAAUAAAAAAAAUGAAGUUGGUUGCAUUUUGUGCCGUGAUAUUAUUUGCCAGUUUUUACUUGAAUGUUGAAGCUGGCAUCUUUGGAGAAUCGUUUCUCAAUAAAACGAAAGAAAUUUCGAACUUGACGGUUGAAACGAGCAAAGCUUUAGCUAAAAAUGCUCCCAACUAUGUUCCAACUUUUGAUGAGUUGCUGGAUUUUACGAAGCAGUCAAUUGCUGGAUUACCCUUUGAAGCAGCUGCGAGUAUAAUUAACAAGAUUUGUUCAAUUGCCAUAGCUGCAAAUGCAACGAAACCAUUCCGAACGCCAAAUGCGUCAGAGCUUAACUACGUCUUAUUAACUGGCGAUGAGAACGUCACAAUUCCCUUAACUAAUUCAAUCGAGCUCUGGCGUCAUCCUUCGUUCAAUCCAAAGAAAAAUACAGUUGUUCUAAUUACCGGUUGGACAACUGACAUUAACGAAACAAAUACGGCUGUCGAUCUCCUCUCAGAAGCUUACCUGGCACGAGGCGAUACGAACUUUGUGUUCAUCGAUACAGCUCGGUACGUCGAUACUCUUUAUGCUUGGUCAGCUUUCAAUACUCAAGAGUUAGGAGAAGCCAUUGGCGAAGGAUUAGCUCAACUUUCAGAUUUUCUUCCGGAUGAAAAGAUUCACGUGAUUGGUCACAGCCUUGGAGCUCACAUCAGCGGAGCAGCAGGUCAAUCCUACCAAAAUAGAGCAGGAAAAUUACUUCCGAGAAUAACAGGUUUGGAUCCAGCUAAUCCUUGCUUUAAGGAAGGCGAAACUUUGCAAGGUUUAAUGCGAGGCGAUGCGGAAUUUGUUGAUAUUAUUCAUACCAAUUGUGGAGUUUUAGGGAAACGGGAUCCUAUUGGAGAUAGUGAUUUUUAUCCAAAUGGGGUUGUUCCAUUACAACCAGGCUGUUUGUCGAUUACUUGUUCACAUGCUCGAGCAUAUGAAUUGUUUGCAGAAACAGUUCAUCCAGGCAAGGAACAAUCUCUGUUAGCGAAGAAAUGUAACUCGAUAUCAAGUCUUGAUAAUGGAAUUUGCAAAGGCAAAGCAAUUCCUGUGGGAUUCGCUUGUCCUCACAAUACAAAAGGAAAUUAUUUCUUUAAAACCAACUCUGAAAAGCCAUAUAAUAAAGUUAAAUAAAAUUUUAAAAAAUAUUAUAUAUAAUAAAUAUUUACAAUAAAUAUUUUUAUACAAUUUUUAACAAGUUUU